CGAGCUAGAAUGAUCUAUUAGGCUAUAUAUUAAUUCGUACUUCGUUCUGAAAAUUGUAGGUCUGUUCCCUGCUUUUAACGAUUGUGGGGAAAAAACGGGAAUCGCUUAAGUAACCAGGUGCUGACGGACAGCUCCUCCCCACUGGAUGCAGAAAUAAAAACCAACCAUCCUCAGGUGCGCAGUCUUCAUAAAAGCCUUUCUUUCAUGUUCAACAGGGUGUAUUUCAAAUUUAACGCCCAUUAUUUCACACUGGUCCGACCAGACAGGCAUCAAAAUCACAUGCAACCAGGAGUAACACCUUAAGUACCCUACGUAAACGCUUAAAUUGAAAGAAGCCAUGAGCACAUUUUCACCCGACGUGAGUAAUGUCAGUUUUCGGAUGGAAUUAUCCGGAGACCAGCCGCGAAACGAGAGCUUGGCCCGGAUGGAAAUCGCACUUCUGGGCACUAUCUUUAUCUCUGCCGCUGUCCUAAACACUGCGCUGUUUGUCACACUUUGGAGACGCCGAAAACAACAGUCACGGAUGCGAGUCUUUGUGCUCCACCUCUGCCUGGCUGAUCUAGUGGUAGCUUUCUUCCAAGUCUGCCCCCAGCUGAUGUGGGACAUAACAGACAGGUUCGUCGGAACCGACCUAGUGUGUAGAUUCGUCAAAUACCUGCAGGUCGUCGGUAUGUUCGCUUCCACUUACAUGAUAGUCGUCAUGACUAUUGACCGCUACCAAGCCAUCUGCAACCCUAUGGUCACAUUUCAAAGACGGCGUGCACGCUUGAACCUUCCCGUGUGUGUUGCAUGGGUCAUAUCCUUAAUCGGAGGUGUCCCCCAAAUUUUUAUCUUUUCGAAGGUCCAAGUGGCUCCUGGAGUUUUCGACUGCUGGGCUGACUUCAUUAACCCUUGGGGUUUAAAGACCUACGUGACCUGGACGACCCUGGUCAUUUUUGUCCUGCCUAUUUUCAUUGUGGUCGUGUGCCAGGUGCACAUCUGUCGAGCGGUUCACAUCAACCUGCACAACAAAACGCACCAGCAGAGACAGGUGCCCGUCGCACAUCCACUGCCCUCCAGAACCAGCAGUGUCACGGGUUUAUCCAAGGCCAGAAUCAAGACCGUGAAAAUGACCGUGGUGAUUGUGCUCACCUACAUCAUUUGCUGGGCUCCAUUCUUCACGGUCCAGCUGUGGUCUGUCUGGGACGUCAACGCCCCCACUGAAUCGGCUACCUUCACCAUCCUGAUGUUGCUUGCCAGUUUAAAUAGCUGCGCAAACCCGUGCAUCUACUUGCUAUUCAGUGGUCAUCUGCCCAGUAGUCUACUGGCCCUACUCUGCAGGACUCCAUCCAGCUUCAAGGUCGCCAUAGCUGAGGACUCCACGCAGGUCAGCUCCAUCCAGAUGAGUUUCAGGAGCUUGUCCGAUUCAAAAUGACUGUCGCGGAGGAUCGAUAUCAUUAAGAAGUCAGCCGCAAGCGUUACCCGUUUUGUAUUUUAAUUUUUCCAUCAAUUUGGUUGUUUUAUAAAUGUUCCACCUUUUUGGCGAUGUUGGAAGAAACUGUAAACCUCAAACAUCUUGACACAUAUUUUUCAAAUGACCAGUUAUUGUAACUGCGAAUGACAGACUACAAAGUUAAUGCUGUUUAUUUUUGGUCAGUAUGAGUGGCAAAGAUUAAACAAGUGAAACGUACAGGAUCGAGACUCUUGGCUACGGCUGCGUUUUCUGUGAAUGCUUCAUUUACACUAGGCUGUGUCACUUUAUGUAAAUACUCAUGUAACUCUUUAAUAUACCAAUGCUGGCAGGAAAGACCUUGUUACAUGAUUUACAUAUAAAGAAAAUAUGUGUUGUUUGUAAUGCAUUUCAACUAGUUAUAUUGUUAACUAGUGAAUCUAUUAGAAUUAACGGAUCAAUUAACGGAGACUGAAUCAUCGUUUCCCAAAAAGGAAACUGAAUUUGACAUCCUGAAUGUCUUUCCAUGGUGGUUUAUCCGCUUUAUACAUUUGUUAAGUAGCCAAUAUAUACAUUUUCUGUUUUUUUUUUUUGUUUGUUUUUUUUUGACACAGGAUACUCAGAGUUUUCAAAACAAUCAAAAUCUAGACUUCAUGCGGUAGUAGGAUGUAUAGUCUGUACAGGACUUUUUUUUUCAGAAAAAAAAAACUGAAUAAAAAAUUGUUCACCUGUAAAGAUGAAUAAACAGAAUCAACCAUUAAUGCGAUUUAAAAAAAUA